AGAAAGAGCGGUGCUGAGUAAACAUCAGCAGGAGUUCAUGCUUACUCCUCUGUGCCUGAACAAAUAGAGCGAAUAUUCACCCGUCAGCUGUGAUUCAUAGCAGAUGUUCGUCAGCAGUACUGAAUGGAGCUGUCAUUCUUCUUCUCGCGUGAACUCGUCUUAUUCUCGCGUGAUUCCAGUGUAAUGAGAUUGAAAGACAGGUCUGAGCAACCGAGAUUAUGGAGCUGGUUCCUGCUCUGCUCCAGCUGUAUGCUGACUGUGUGGGCUCAUGGAGAACCAGCUGCUUCAAAUCAAGUGCCUCCACCAAUCACCCGGCUGGACAGGAAUAUGGUUCAGGAUAAAGACCACAUCAUGGAGCAUUUAGAAGGGGUGAUUGAAAAGCCAGAGUCGGACAUGACGCCUCAAGAGCUGCAGCUUCACUAUUUCAAGAUGCACGACUAUGAUGGCAACAAUCUGCUGGAUGGACUCGAGCUCGCCACUGCUAUUACUCAUGUUCACAGAGAGGAACGAGGAGAUGACGGCCAGCCAAUGAGGGAAGAGGAUCUUAUCAACCUCAUUGAUGACGUUCUCAGAGACGAUGACAAAAACAAUGAUGGCUACAUUGACUAUGCAGAGUUUGCGAGGUCUCUGGAGUAAAAGAGGACAGGAAGAGCCGCUGCCUUACUGUGAAUGCAGAUUACCUCUGAUGUACAAAUCUCCAGCACAUUCCUUCACGUGUGUGCGAUUUCACAGGCACAGUAUAUUCGUGCUUCAGUAUAAAAUGUCAUACAAUGAAGUGGUGAGGGUCAUGAUGAAGUGACAUGAGACGUUUUGUAUGUAUGCCAUCAGUGUAACAUGUAUUCGUUGUUGCACUCACAUCUGCAUAUGUCUUGUCAGAAUGGACCUUAAUGUAUAAACUGCCAAAUUUAUCCACCGUAAACGAGCAUAAAUUAUGUUAUUAUCGAAUAAAUGCUUAUUAUAAGUGUACCAUAGUGAUU